AGAAAGUUGCCACGACAAAUCUCACAGUCACGCUCUCUGAGAGAACAGCUGAAGUGACUCGUCAAAAGCUGCCGCCGCGCUAUUAAUGCCGUAUCCAGAGCACGGGGAGAAAAUGGAGUUCACUUCGGAAGUGGAGGUGGCAGACGAUGCCGAGGUGUUGUUCCCGGACAGCGCUUACGGAUCUUCCGCCGUGGACACCGACACGGAGGACAGCAAGACGCAAUCCACCGUCACUCUUACGUAUGAUGAGGAUAUAAUGCAUAAGACUAUCCUGGUUGGAGACAGUGGAGUGGGCAAGACUUCUCUGCUGGUGCAGUUUGAUCAGGGCAAAUUCAUCCCAGGAUCCUUCUCGGCCACAGUUGGAAUUGGCUUUACGAAUAAGGUGGUGACUGUGGACAGCAUGAAAGUGAAGCUGCAGAUCUGGGACACAGCUGGACAGGAGAGAUUUCGCAGUGUCACACACGCGUAUUACAGAGACGCUCAAGCUCUCCUCCUGCUCUACGACAUCACCAGGAAGUCCUCCUUUGACAACAUCCGGGCUUGGCUGACUGAAAUUCAUGAGUAUGCACAGAAGGAUGUGGUCAUCAUGUUGCUUGGCAACAAGGUGGACAUGGCUACAGAGAGGGUCAUCAAACGUGAAGAAGGGGAGAAGCUGGCCAAGGAGUACGGUGUUCCGUUUAUGGAGACUAGUGCGAAGACUGGACUCAACGUGGAGCUGGCCUUCCACGCCAUCGCAAAAGAGCUGAAGCACAGAGCUGCCCAGCUGCCCAGCGAGCCCAAAUUCCAGAUCCAUGACUACAUCCAGCAGCAGAACCAGAAACCCAGCUGCUGCAGCAUGGUGUGAUGGGAGAGGGGGAUAGAGAGAGAAAGAGAGAG